AUGGAGCCACCACUCCGCCGCCGCCGCCGACCAGCCUUAUCAUGCCUUGAGUGUCGGCGCCGCAAGAUCAAGUGCGAUCGAAGCAACCCCUGUACCCCUUGUGUAUCUGCAAAAGCCCGGUGCGCUUAUAAGCUCUAUACCCAUAAGCCACCUGCCAUUCCGCAGCCCCUUCGCGAUACCAGCUCCCGGGGCGAGACGUCAAGCCCGCAAUCCUGCGCACCCUCGGCUUUAGCGGCGCAAGCGCAACAGAUAAGUACCAACGGAUUCGCCGCAGAGCCUGUUCACUACCCACCCGUGGCGGAUGCUUUGAACCAAAGCCAUGUCCCACCGUCGGAGUGUGUCCAGGUGGUAGCAGUAGAGCCUAAUCUCCGGGGCCCCUUGCAACGGGCACAGAAGCUAGAAGAGUCCGCAAGGUCCCGUGACAACAACAAUGGCAACCCUGCUUCCUCUGCGGCUGUUCAGGACAUACUCGCCCAUCCGUCGUCGCAGAACUCGCAGAUCAUCCUGAACAAAACGAGGGUGUUGGGAUGGAGUCUCCGGAUAGGUAUUACUCAAGAGUUCCGGCCCAUCAUGACCUGCUACACCACGGCCCUAAACAGUACCAAGGACGCCGCAAACCAAGACACCACCGAGCUCGGGGCUCUAUUCAACCAAAUCGGCGCCCUGCUUCAAAAAUGCAAGAACAUCGCCCGAGCGAUCAAGGUAGUCCGGCCUAGCAGGUGUCUCCUAUAUCCCGAGUUCGACCUCGCGCCGCCUCCCCGUGCGGUGGCCGACGCGAUGGUGAACCUGUACUUCCAAUUCUUCGAGUCGGCGUACCGGAUCCUUCACGUGCCGACGUUUUGGUCCGAGUAUCGCCGGUACUGGGAUAACCCCGAGAGCGCUACGACGAGUCUACGUCUGCAGAUCCUGCUGGUUAUCGGCAUAGGGUCGAGUUUGUCCGAGCAGGGUCAUGCAGAUACAGCUGCUGCUGGGUUCCGAAAUAGCGUUCAUCGGUGGAUAUACGCGGCCCAGGCGUGGGUGGGCGGGCCGAUGGAAAAGGACCGCCUGACCAUCAGCGGGCUGCAGAUCCACUGCUUGACCGUUCUCGCCCGGCAGAUCUUCUCGGUCGGCGGCGAUCUGGUGUGGAUGUCCAUCGGGUCGCUGAUCCACUGCGCGAUGCAAAUGGGGCUGCACCGCGACCCGAAGCACCUGCCCUCCAUGUCCGUGGUGCAAGCGGAGCUUCGGCGGAGGCUGUGGGCGACCAUCCUCGAGAUGGUGGUCCAGUCGUCCCUGGACACGGCCAUGCCGCCCCGGAUAUCCUUUGAAGAGUUCGACACCGCCGCGCCGGCGAACAACAACGACGACGAGCUAGACGAUGCAACCACGACGCCGCCUCCGCCGCACCCCAAGAAUAUCUACACAGCAGCUUCAAUGCAACUGCUUCUGCUAGAAUCUCUGCCAACCCGCAUCCGCGUCCUGCACCUCCUCAACGGCCUCCGCUCCUCGCUCUCAUACACGGACGUCCUCGCCCUCAGCGCCGAGAUCACCGAGGCCUGUCGCACAGGCACCCGCUUCGUGCUCACGAGCACGCAGCAGUCCGGUGGCGGCGCGGCGCCCUUCCACAGGCGCAUGCUUGAGUACCUGGUGCGGCGGUUCCUGAUCCCGCUGCACAGCCCCUUCGCGACCAAGGCGCGCGAGAACCCGCUGUUCUACUACUCGCACAAGGCGAGCCUCGACGCUGCUAUGGCUAUGAUCUCCUCUUCCUCCUUGGUGCCCAACGCCGACAACGACAAGGAGGACGCCUUCUCGCGCCUCAUCUUCGCCGGCGGCGGCAUGUUCCGCGAAGUCUUCCGGUACGCAUCGACCGUCGUCGCCGCCGAGCUCGUCGCGCAGGUCGAGGAGCGGCGGCAAGACGGCGGAGGGGCGACCGAUGAUCAUGCGUCGCGGCACAUCGCGUUCCUGAAGCAGACGGUCGGCGAGCUGCUCGCGGUGUCGGCGGAGCGGAUCCGGCGCGGCGAGACGAACGUCAAGAGCCACAUGUUCCUUGCCAUGGUGCUGGCGCAGGUGGAGGCUACGGAGGCGGGGUGCGAGAUGGAGAGGGCGGUUACGCGCAGCGCGAGGGAGAGCUUGGAGUUUUGCCACGGGUUGCUCCGUGAGCAGCUUGGUGGUGAUGCUGAGAUGGGUGUGCCUGAUGCGGGUGGUGGACUCACGCCGUUGACGGUGGGGUUUGAUGAGGAGGCGCAGGGCUUUGGGUGGGAGUUGGACUUGGAUCUGUUUUGGCCGGAUGGAGGAUUCGAGUAG